AUGCUCUAAGUCUAAACAAUCGCGAACUACAAGCCCCAUAAUGCUCUAAGUCUACACAAUCGCGCACGCGCUCAUUCUCUCAUGGAGCCAAGAUGGCAGACCCAGGAACCGGCGGCUCCAGUAGCUCAAGCACGCAGCGAACAGGUGGCAAACACUCAACAACCCCAGCAGACAAUUACUAUCUGGCUCGAAGAAGGACCCUCCAGGUUGUGAUCAGUUCACUGCUGACAGAGGCUGGGUUUGAGAGUGCUGAAAAGGCUGCUGUAGAAACCAUGACAGAGAUGGUCCAGAGCUAUAUUUCAGAAAUAGGGAGGAGUGCUAAAUCGUUCUGUGAGCAUACUGCAAGGACUCAGCCAACCCUUUCAGAUAUUGUUGUCACCUUAGUAGAAAUGGGAUUUAAUGUGGAAACUCUCCCUGCUUAUGCCAAACGGUCCCAACGGAUGGUGAUCACUGCACCACCAGUAACUAAUCAGCCUGUGACGCCAAAAGCACUGACAGCUGGACAAAACAAACCUCACCCAUCUCACAUCCCAUGCCAUUUCCCAGAAUUCCCAGAUCCUCACACUUACAUCAAGACGCCGACUUACCGAGAACCUGUCCUGGAUUACCAGAUCCUACGAGAAAAGGCUGCCUCCCAGAGACGAGAUGUUGAAAGAGCUUUAACUCGCUUUAUGGCAAAGACAGGAGAGACACAGAGUCUUUUCAAGGAUGAUGUCAGCACCUUCCCUUUGAUAGCUGCCAGGCCUUUUGCAAUACCCUAUUUGACAGCUCUGCUUCCCUCUGAAUUGGAAAUGCAGCAGAUGGAGGAGACGGAUUCAUCUGAACAAGAUGAUCAGACGGACACCGAAAACCUCCCCAUUCAUGAAGACUCAGGAGCUGAGAAGGAGAAUGCAUCAGUACUACAGCACAACACAUCCAUGACGGGCAGCCGAAAUGGAGAGGAAAACAUGAUAGACAAUCCCUACCUCCGCCCUGUGAAGAAACCCAAGAUCCGCAGGAAGAAGUGAACUGGGGAUGGGAUGGACUAAAUUAGAGACUGCCUUGGGCCCUUUAGUGGACUCGGUGCCGUUGAGAUGUGGCACUGGAAAGGCAGAAAUGUACUGCUGCUUGAGGGUCAAAUGACAAGGCAGUCUCCUCCACUGGAACUUUCUCCUUAGUGGUUUAUUAUAACUUAAGCUAAAGACUAAAACCCUGACUUGAAAGCACCAUGUAAACUGACAUGUAGUUAUGUUGUCUGCAUGCUGCCAUUUGUGGUAACUGCAGCCAUCUUUCAGUCCUUCAGAUGAGCUUUCUUUUUGAGGGUUGCAGACAGAUCUGCAGACAGUGCAGAAUGCCUUCUCUGUUUCACCAGCAAUGACAGGAGAUUUGUCCCUUUUUUUCAAGCCGUUUACCUUUUGUUUAUGUUGUGGUAGCUGGGGUUCCGGCUGUGCCUCUAUGCUAAAUGUGAUGGCUUUGGAUGAAAGAUAGUCUGGUAACUUGGCUAGAUACCAAUAGUUGUGCCUUAGUGAAAAUUGAGGCUGUAUAAUUCUGUGUUUUCUCAAGGACUGGAGUCACUUGGGGCUACAGUGUUCAUUUGAGCUGAUGUGAGAGUUGCAAGAGGAGAUACAGCGAUAGCUUGAUUAAAAGAAAAACCUGCCACCAGAUCUGCCAAAUGACCAUGCAACUUCUACAAAAUGUCCACUUAAAAUGCAGUUCUGUUUUAGUAGAUUGGCUAUGGCUGGUGAUCCCUCAGCUGGCUGAGAAUUGCUUGCGAGGUUUUAAAUCUUGUGUCUGCACUUUAUGACUCAAGAGUCUUAAAUUUCAUCUCUCUGAUGCGCUACAGUGCUACCAUUUUGCAGUAUUUUCGCUUGCCUCUUGCAGAAGUUCUGUUCUUGAUUGAGAAUAUGAAGGAAAGGGGAAAAAAACUGACCAGGUAAAACUUCAAAGUUUCCAGUUGCCUUUCUGAACAAAAUUUUAGAUGUAAUGAAACUAGAGGGGAAUAAGAAUAGAGAGGCUGCUAGAAGAACACAUCCUGCUUUGGCUAUUGUCUGCUUAUCCUUUAAGCCAACUUUAGCGAUUCAGAGAAGAAGGUGUGGGGCUGGUGCACUGGUUUCUCUCCAAAGAUUUGAAACCCUGGUUUAGAGGUGGUCCUACUCUGGGGUAAUUUAAAGUAUUGGCGGAACUUAACAUGUGUGGUAUGAAAAGGAUGCCUUGUGCUAGCAGACUUGCUGUGAAACUGCUUUUCAUUAUGGUGGGGCUCAGGUUCUCCUAUUGUUACACAUUGCGAACCCUGACCUUUCCUUUCUGCUCUUCCCUCCUCCAGACCACCUCUAAGAGUAAAUACACUGCACUGUGGUUGAAAAUAAGGGUCAAGUUAUACUAUACUAUACUACUUUUCAUCUUCGCAGUUUACAUUUUUACCAAAUACACUCAUAAAGACUGCAGCCUAAAACAAGAGCACUGAGGUGGGAGGGGAAGCCCCCUUUCUCUGGUGCUAAUUGCUGUUUCCCUGGGAGGGAAGAGAGAGAGGAGCAAUUUGGGGUGGUUCUCAGGAGAUAAACCUCUGUAGGAAAUAAUGUUAAAAGCUCCCUCCUCGGCUUUUUUGCUUGUUUUCAGCAUGCAUACCUGGAACUUACAAAACAAAAACAUCCUGUGGUGGGUGGUUUUCACAGUUACCCAUAAUGUACAAUUUAGUUUGAAGUUAGGAUUUCAGCCUGUAUUUGGAGGUGGCUCUUAUUUCUCUGGCUUCUCCUACCUUGCUGUAUUUGUAAAAUAUAUUCCUUCUGAUCAGCCAACUGUUUGACCUAGCAUAAAAAUUACAGAGUUGCAGUCCUUUAGCUCUUUGAGCUGGUGGUGCAUUGUUUUGUUUCCCACAUGUGAUCAGCCCCAGGCACAACUUAGUGAUAGCGACUAGCACUGGAGCAUUGCCAAGAAGCUGCCAGACCAGAAUACUCAAGUGGGUUUUAGGUUGGUACCCCCUUUCUAUAGGAGAGAUCCAAAGUGUGAAAGAGCUAGCACAAUAUUACUUUGGCCUUAGAUCAUAGGAAAGGCCUGCAUGGGGAAACUCCUUGGAUCUGCUGUUUGCAAAGUGUUAGUUCCUGUUCAGUAUUAAUCCUGUUUAUCCACAGCAGUACUGAGAAAAGGAUUACAUAUUAAUUGCAUGUAGGUCCACGAAAACAGAGUGGUUCUGUGGUUGUGUCAGUUUUGCAGUGAGUCUUUGUGGUCCAUUCACCCACUUGUGCGUACAAGUGUGCUGUACGUUUUGUGUUCUAUUGCGGUUUGGUUAUAGCACCCCCAUAAUGCAAGUGCUCAUUGUUGAUGGAUGGUCUGCACAGCUAUCUCUGUUGCUCACAGCCUAUGAGAAAGGUCUGUGUAGCUGCAAUACUCCUUGAAAACACAGUCCAUUAGACUUAUUCUGUGGAUUUCCCUUUGUUAGUUAUUUGCUCUCCAGCUCAUCAUACUGCAUCAUCUGACAUAUUAGAGAAUCUUGGAUGUGCAGAAUGCUCCAGGUAGGCUGUUCAUUGGUUUUGCUUAAGGGCUGACUUUUUUCCUGUUAGUAACAAUGCUUCUGAAGCAUUUUGUAACUUUAAGCUGAUUUUUAUUUUCUUUUGCUACUUCCCCUACUUUAUAAUAUUAUGUUGGUGGAAGAAGCAGCAUGAUUGGAUUGAUGUCUAAUACCCUUUGUGCCUAGUUUGAGGGUCUAGACAGGAUUCAAUGAUCCCGCCAAGCCAUCCUUUCUUCAUAUUAUUCUUGAAGCUGGUGAUGCUCACUUUUCUAUUGAAUCAGCUGUGACAGGAAUGCUUUUCAUUAUCAUAAAAAUCCUCUCAUAGGGAAAACUUGAAAGACUCACUGUAAACAAUGAUCUGUGGCCAAAAGUUUCUAAACAUGCCAUUGUUAAUCAUACAAAUGUACUUGUGUAGAAACAAUGUGAAUAUAGAAAAUUGUAUAUAUUUAUACAUUUAUAUAUAUAUUGGUCACAGGCUAGACUUUUUAACAAUUUUAAAAGUGGUGGCUUGGUACAACAAGCAAGGUACAGUGAAAACAGUUUAUUUUUUUUCAGUUCAUAAUAAAACUGUACCUGCAUACUCCA